AUGACUCCAGUUACUUUCAACGCUGCUGAGAAUACCUAUAUUGAUCAUGAAUUGUCAAUCAAUUUGGAUUCAACUGAAGCUUUUGAAGGACCUGAAAAAUUGUUGGAAAUUUGGUUUUAUCAUAGUGAAAAAGAUAUCCCAGGUGAUAAAACUCUUAGAUCAAUCUCAUUUGAUGAUUGGGGGAAGAUUUUAGAUUUGGUUAAUUGUAAAGUUUUAUCAGUUAAAUCCACUUCAAAAUUGGAUGCUUUUUUAUUAUCUGAAUCUUCAUUAUUUGUUUAUGAUCAUAAAUUGAUUUUGAAAACUUGUGGUACAACAACUACUUUACAUUGUUUGGGUUCAUUAUUUGAAAUGGUUAAAAUCCAAUUGGGUUGGAAUUUCACAAAUAAGAAGAAUAGAUUAGAACCAUCAAAAGUUUUCUAUUCAAGAAGAGCAUUCAUGUUCCCAUUGAAGCAAAAAUCAAUCCAUAAGAAUUGGACAGACGAGGUUGAUUAUUUGAAUGGGUUUUUCGAAAAUGGGUCACAUUAUUUAAUCGGUAGAAUUGAUAAUAAUCAUUGGCAUUUAUAUACAACCGAACCAACUUCAGAAAAAUCCACUAUUCAUGAUGAUGAAGAAAUUGAUGAAACUUUUGAAAUCUUGAUGACUGAAUUAUCACCAGAUCGUGCCUUACAAUUCCAUACAUCUCGUAAACCAGGUUUUGAAAUUGAUGAAGAACAUGAUCUAGGUCAUUUCUUGGGUCAUUCCACUUCAAAUAAUACAGGUUUGAACAACUUGUAUAAUAAAGUUGAAGAACAUGAUGCUUUCGCAUUCACCCCAUGUGGAUAUUCUUCAAAUUCAAUCCUGGAUGAUGAUUCUUAUUAUACUAUACAUGUUACACCUGAAAAAGAUUGGUCUUAUGCUUCUUUUGAAUCAAAUGUUAAUCCAUUGAAAUAUGGGUUAAACAAUGUUGAUGUCUUGUACAAGGUUUUAAACGUUUUCAAACCUCAUAAGUUCCAAUUCACAUUGUUUUGUUCAGGUUAUGGUAAAGAUUUUGAAGCUUUAAGAAGAUUGGAUCAUAUUAAAGGUUAUAAGAAAGUUGACAAGAUCUUGUAUGAUCUUGAUAAUUAUCAAUUACUAUAUGUCAGUUUCCAAAUUGAUGAAGCAGAAUUGAUUAAUGGGCUAUCAAUUGAAUAUUGA